AUGGCGACUUCCCAGGGACAGGACGUCAUUCGAUGUCAGCUAUGUUCAAACCCCGUGGAACACCACUGCAAUCUUUGCCAUCUGAACCUUUGUCUCUCAUGCAUACCAAAACACAUGGCCGACAAAUCAAGAAAACAUGAAGUUGUUGAAUAUACCUCCAGAAGGGAACACACUUUUAUUCUAGCAACAUGUCCCACACACAAGAAAAACCGAUGCGAGACAUACUGCCAAGACUGUAAAAUACCAGUAUGUGUUCAGUGCCUGAAAACUUCACACAAAAAGCAUGAAUUUACAAAUAUCAAUGAUAUUCUUCAAAAAAAGAAGCAGCAGAUAAUAUCCGACACAACACAACUGGAAAAUACUAUUGUUCCAAAAUAUAGAAACAUCUACUUAAUACCUACAAUCACUGCAGAGUUUGACAAAGUUCUGGCUGCCAUAGAAGAGCAAGAGGAGAAUGUGUGCAAAUCUGUACAUAAAGAAGCCAAUCGACUCAAAGAUGAGGUAACCAGACAGAAGAAAGAAACUGUAAGGAAGAGCCAAGAAAGCCAGGAUUUGAUAGAAAAAACUGAAAGGGAACUUAAUUUCCUUAUUCAGAAUAACAAGGAUAUUCUUAGUGGCAAUGAUACCACACCCAUAAUAAACUAUAAAUCAAGAAAUAGGGAUUUCCAAAAUGGCCCAAAAUUACCAAGCAUUCCUUGUCCACAGUUUAUUGUUAAGCAAGGACAAAUUGUUGACAUGAUUGGUGUUCUUAAGACAGAUUAUGAUUCAGAAUCUUCUUCAGAAUCUACAGAAUCUUCUGAUAAUGAAUCUGACCUUUAA